UACCACAAAGUAGAGGAUGCCUUUGGGRGAAAACCAAUGUACAGAAGUUCGGGCUCCCUUUGGAUUAUCGAUUACAACGUCRGUCAUCACCAGUCUCCUGACAGUCAUCACUGCUCCAGGCAAUUUUCUCAUUUGUAUUGCAAUCCUGAAAGAUCCAAAUAAGGAGUUAAGAACGGCAUUCAACUACUUACUGAUGAAUGUUGCCAUUUCGGAUCUUCUUGUUGGUGCCAUUACUGACCCAAUAUUUGUGUUAUUCCAUAUAAGGGAAGCACUUGGAUACCCAGUGAUCACGUGGUAUGUCUUGCCUCACAUGUCGUUCUUUAUUGGUUGUACGUCAUCACUUCUAAGUAUCGCCAUGUUAGCUAUAGAGCGGGCCAUCGCGGUAAACGCGUCAUAUCACAGAAAACUCCCGCGUAAACGAGCCAUCAAGAUGUCAGUCGCCAUCUGGAUCUUCUCCAUAGCAUUUCCCUGUAUUUACUUUGAGCUUGGCUACUUUAAAUUCGCUUUUAUCUUCUCCAUCCUCAUGAUUAUCGUCACGUUUGCAACUCUUUGUGUAUUAAACACGGUAGCAACACUCGAAUAUUCUAAAAUUACAAAAUUGUUCUCGUAA